AUGUCGUCCCUCCCUGAGACAUUCGACCGCCCCGUCCACAUUGCCGUCAUCGGUGGCACCGGCCUCUACAAGAUCGAUGGCUACACCCCGAUCGCACAGCUGAACCCAGACACCCCUUGGGGCAAGCCGUCGGCCCCGAUCCUGAUCCUCGAGCACAACGGCGUUCCCGUCGCUUUCCUGGCCCGUCACGGCGCCCACCACCAGUAUGCGCCUCACGAGGUGCCCACGCGCGCCAACAUAGCGGCCCUGCGUCACAUCGGUGUACGCUGCGUGAUUGCCUUCAGCGCCGUCGGCUCGCUGCAGGAGGAGAUCAAGCCCAUGGACUUUGUCGUCCCUGACCAGAUCAUCGACCGCACCAAGGGCAUCCGCCCCUUCACCUUCUUCGAGGGCGGCCUCGUCGGCCACGUUCCCUUCGGCGACCCCUUCGACCCCAAGAUUGUUGAGGUCGUGAAGAAAUGCGCGGCCAGCAUGGAGGGCGACGGCGUCACUCUGCAUGACAAGGGAACCGUCAUCUGCAUGGAGGGUCCCCAAUUCUCUACCCGCGCCGAGUCCAACCUCUACCGCUCCUGGGGCGGAUCCGUCAUCAACAUGUCGGCCCUCCCCGAGGCCAAGCUGGCCCGCGAGGCCGAGAUGGCCUACCAGAUGAUCUGCAUGGCCACCGACUACGACUGCUGGCACACCAGCGAAGACGUCGAUGUCUCCAUGGUCUUCCACUACAUGAACACCAACGGACAGAACGCCAAGCGCCUAGUCGGCGCUGUCUUGGACGAGCUAUGCCUUCAGGACAACAGCGACCUAGUAACCGCAAAGCACUGGGAAGGCCAGAGCAAGAAUGCCGUAUCAUUUAUGACCAAGCCCGAAGGUCGAAACCCCGAGGCCUUGAAAAAGGCCGAGUUCCUCUUCCCGGGUUUCCUGGACAACUAG